AUGGGACUAUGGGAGUUCAUCCUGCGCGGCGGCGGCCGGCGGUUCAUCAAGCGCAAGGGCAGCGACGCCGGCGAGGCUGGCAGGGCAAUGGAGGAGCUGAGAGGUUCUCUCUACAAUGAAUUUCAUACUUCGGAAGGGGCUAAGCGACAGCAGCAGAGGUUUUGUGGCCCGGGUGUCGCGCUAACAUUCAACUUUGUGGUUUCUGUUGGGAUCAUCAUGGCAAACAAAAUGGUGAUGGGUAGUGUUGGGUUUAACUUCCCAGUUGCACUGUCUCUAAUUCAUUACAUAGCUGCCUGGGUCCUCAUGGCUGUCCUGAGGGCAUUAUAUUUGAUGCCCAUUGCUCCUCCUUCAAAAUCCACUCCUUUCUCCUCAUUAUUCGCUUUGGGUGCUGUGAUGUCUUUUUCCACCGGACUUGCUAAUAUCAGCUUAAAGCAUAAUAGUGUAGGGUUUUAUCAAAUGGCUAAGAUAGCUGUAACUCCAACCAUAGUUGCAGCAGAAUCUAUUCUUCUCAGAAAAGGUGUUUCCUUUCGAAAGGUCAUCACACUAGUUAUAGUGUCAUUUGGUGUGGCUGUAGCAACUGUUACUGAUUUGGAGUUCAACAUUUUUGGUGCUUGUGUGGCAGUAGCUUGGAUCAUUCCUAGUGCUAUAAACAAGAUCCUGUGGUCAAAUCUGCAACAGAGUGGAAACUGGACUGCUCUUGCGUUAUUGAUCAGGUUGAUGUGGAAGACAACCCCAAUUACAAUAUUUUUCUUUCUUGUCCUGAUGCCUUUGAUGGAUCCUCCAGGAUUGUUGUCUUUCAACUGGAAUUUCAAGAACAACUGUGCAAUUAUGAUAUCUGCUUUGCUUGGUUUUCUUCUUCAGUGGUCCGGUGCUUUGGCACUUGGUGCAACCUCGGCUCUAUCUCAUGUUGUGCUAGGCCAAUUCAAGACUAUUGUCAUAAUGCUCUCUGGGUUUCUGGUAUUUAAAUCUGAUCCUGGACUCACCAGUCUUUAUGGAGCUGUCAUUGCACUAGGAGGCAUGUCAGUCUACACUUACCUAGGGCUAAAAGAGUCAACCACUGGCGGUAAGAGAAUUCCAUCAGCGUCUAGGCAGAGUUCUCUCUCACUGAAGUCCAAGGUUAUAAUAGACGAAGAAAAGCCAGAAACAAGACCAGUGGACUCUGUCUAA